AUGGGGUUCAAACAGCUUUUUACCGCGUCGUUGGGCCUUCUGGGCGGAUGCGAGGCCCUCAAAACACACUUCACCAUCAAGGAGCUGAAGGAGGUCGCUGCGCUCGAUGCCGAGUUGAAUGCAAAGUACAGCACCCGCGACACGGACCCGUCAUUGCUCUAUCCGGCUCGGUACUUGGACGUGCCAAUUGACCACUUCCACAAUGACUCUCUGUAUGAGCCGCAUACCAAUGAGACCUUCAAGCUGCGCUACUGGUUCGAUCCAAGCCACUACAAGGAAGGCGGCCCUGUCAUCGUCCUGCAGAGUGGCGAGACGUCUGGCGUAGGAAGACUUCCGUUCCUACAGAAAGGCAUUGUUGCCCAGCUAGCUGAAGCUACUGGUGGACUCGGAGUUAUUCUCGAACACCGCUACUACGGCACAAGCUUCCCCGUCUCUGAUCUCAGCAUCGAGAGCCUUCGGUUUCUCACCACCGACCAAGCUCUAGCGGACAUGGCCUACUUCGCAAAGAAUGUCGUGUAUGAAGGACUAGAAGACUUCAAUCUCACAGCCCCAAAUACUGCCUACAUUGCAUAUGGUGGCUCCUAUGCCGGCGCUUUUGUCGCCUUCCUGCGAAAAAUAUAUCCAGAGAUAUACUGGGGCGCUAUUAGUUCGAGUGGCGUCACAGAGGCAAUCUGGGACUACUGGCAAUAUUUUGAAGCUGCGCGCCUCUUUGCUCCUGGAGAUUGCGCUAUCACGACGCAGAAGUUGACGAAUGUGAUUGACAAUAUCCUGAUUGGAAAGAACGGCACGGAGUGGGUUGACAGAAUCAAGACCGUCUAUGGUCUGGGCAAUGUUACUCGCAGCGACGAUUUUGUUAACUCCAUCGACGGCGGUAUCUAUGGGCUACAGAGCACCAACUGGGACCCGACCCAGAACGACACCUCGUAUGGCGAAUAUUGUGACACGGUCAGCAGCGAUUCAGUUGUCUAUGCUGGCACGGAGCCCCUCCGCACCGAGGUGACAGAACUACUCGAUGUUGCGGGAUACGCUGAUGAGGCUGACGUUCUUACCAAUCGAAUGCUGAACUAUAUUGGGUGGAUUAAUUCGACUGUGGUAGUCCCCUGCGCUAGUACUGGGGCGAGCCAGGAUGAGUGCUUCACCAGCUAUGCUCCGGACUUCUACAGACAGGAUGACAUCUCCCAGACUUGGAGAGCUUGGCCGUGGCAGUACUGCACAGAGUGGGGCUACCUACAGACUGGCUCGGGCUACCCACCAGACAUUCUGCCCCCUAUCUCUCGACUCGUUGACAUUGAAUUCUCGACAAUCAUUUGCCGGGAUGCUUUCAAUAUUUCUACACCUGCGAAAGUCGAGAGGAUCAACCAGUGGGGUGGCUUUUACAUCUCAUACCCACGCCUGGCGAUUGUGGACGGUGAGAAAGAUCCAUGGCGGGCAGCAACACCUCAUGCUAUCGGCAUAAAUGAAGACAGAGCCUCAACCAUCUCGCAGCCAUUCAUCCUUAUCAAGGACGGCGUGCACCACUGGGACGAGAACGGACUGUUCCCGAACGAGACUACGGCCGAGCUGCCGCCUGCCCCGGUUAAGGAGGCGCAGGCAGCAGAGGUCAAGUUCGUGAAGCAGUGGAUGCAGGCGUGGAAGUGUACGAAGACCGGAGACUGUUCGUGCCCAAGUAAGUGA